UUUGCUUUUCCUCCGACUGGUCGCUCUCGGCUCCCGUACCCACGUCGUCGUCAGUGAGGGGAGUACGUUUGUGUUCGGCGGGUCUGUUUUGACCGUAAGAGUCCGAAUUUGUCCUCGUUGUGUUUCCCAGCGUAUUAAUCUCUUUCCAGGAUGGACAGGAGGGGCUGCGCGGUGAUGCCGCAGGUCGUGCCCGGACAGUUUGACGACGCUGAGUCGGGCAGCGACUCAGAAGUGAGUCACAAUACUGGCCAGCCUCCAACACUGGAACCCAAGCUCAGUGGAGUCAAUUUACAGCCCUUGUCCCUUGAACCUGUCCAGCCAGAUGAAGAUGAUGAGGAAGAUGAUGAGGAAGAUGUGGAUGAUGACUGGGACUGGACUGAGUCAGCUGGAGAUUUUACUAAACGCUACACUGCAAUGAGGACUGGAAACAGUCGACAGGCUAAUCGACAGAACUCAAAGUCAGAUAAGAUGAGUGUUCCGUCAGACAAGGCUCUGAUGAAGUUUGAACACAAAAUAAAUCUAGAUAAGCUGAACUAUGCAGAUUCUGUUAUCAACAGAGUCACAGUGAUGCAAAAACAACGAGAAGCCGACAAGUACAGAGUUAAGGAUAAAUCAGAUAGAGCCACCGUGGAACAGGUUUUGGACCCUAGAACUCGCAUGAUUCUCUUCAAAAUGCUGAGCAGAGGAGUCAUUUCAGAGAUCAACGGCUGCAUCAGCACUGGCAAAGAGGCCAAUGUUUACCAUGCUACCACAGCCAAGGGAGAAAGUCGAGCCAUUAAGAUUUACAAGACGUCAAUUCUGCUUUUCAAGGACAGGGAUAAAUAUGUCAGUGGAGAGUUCAGGUUUCGCCACGGCUACUGUAAAGGCAACCCAAGGAAGAUGGUUCGGACGUGGGCGGAGAAGGAGAUGAGGAACUUGAGCAGGCUUAAAGCAGCAGGAAUUCCCAGCCCAGAGCCCAUCAUGCUUCGGAGCCAUGUUCUCGUCAUGGGCUUCAUUGGAAAAGAUGACAUGCCUGCUCCUUUAUUGAAGAAUGCUGCGCUGUCUGAAUCCAAAGCUCGAGAGCUGUAUCUGCAGGUCAUCCAGAACAUGAGGCUAAUGUAUCAGGACGCUCGACUGGUCCAUGCUGACCUCAGCGAGUUUAACAUGCUGUACCAUAAUGGAGACGCAUAUAUUAUAGAUGUUUCCCAGUCUGUGGAACAUGACCACCCUCAUGCUUUGGAGUUUCUACGUAAAGACUGCAGUAAUAUUAAUGACUUCUUCCAGAAACAUAAUGUUGCUGUGAUGACGGUGCGAGAGCUGUUUGAGUUUGUCACAGACCCCUCCAUCACAAGUGACAACAUCAACCAGUACCUAGAGAAGGCAAUGGAGAUAGCUUCCGCAAGAACAGCAGAGGAGAGAACCAACCAAGACAAAGUGGAUGAGGAGGUGUUUAAGAAGGCCUACAUUCCUCGUACGCUUAAUGAAGUGAGUCAUUAUGAACGAGAUGUGGACACCAUGAUGAAGAAGGAGCAGGGGUCGUCUGAGAACGUCCAGAAUGACUGCGUCCUGUACCAGACAGUGAUGGGUUUGAAGAAGGACCUUUCAGGUGUGCAAACGGUUCCCUCCUUGCUGGAAGGCUGUACUGAAGAUGGGAGCUCCAGCAAUGAUGAAGAUGAGGAGGAGGAGGAGGACUCUGAAGCAGAGGACAGAGAAGAAAGGGACCAGGACAAGACUCAACCGCUGGACAAAAAGGAAAGAAAGAAAUUGGCAAAAGAAGCUCAGAGAGAGAAACGAAAAAACAAAGUACCCAAGCAUGUGAAGAAGCGCAAAGAGAAAGUUUCCAAGAUGAAGAAAGGAAGAUGAGGAAAUAGGUGGACACAGCUCUACCACCCAAAAAUGAGGACUGACGAAUGACAGACAGGACACACUCACAAUUUUUAAUGAGGGCACUGAAUCGAUUAGGGAAUCGAUCAGAGUGGCACAAUCAAUGAGAUGAUCAUGCUGGCUGCAUAUGAGGCCUGGACUAAACAGGGGCAAAACCAUAACCCUGCCGAUAGAACCAGCCCCCCUGCCAAACCUACCACGUGUGAGAUUUUCAUUCAUUAAAACGAGCUGAAAUUGGCAAAGGAA